CACGCGGCAAGUGCAGAGAGAGUGUGUGUAAGUGUAAGUGUGGAUGAAGGAAGCGAAUAAAGGCUAGGAUGCGCGCCGCCUCCUCGCGCCUUCUUGCCCGGGAAUUAUGCACGUGCGCUCGGCGGACGGCGCGAGCGUGAGCGAGGGAGCGCGCGAGAGAUGGAGCGAGUCAAGCCGGCCGGAAACAGCAGCAGCAGCAGCAGCAGUAAUAAUAACAAGCGCAAGGAUAAGAAGAGCGGCAGGCGCGGGGCUGGGAAAGCUUUAUUCAGGAAAAAGUCUCUGAAAUCGGUGGGAAGUUUUGUGAAUAAGGUCCUCAGGAGUCUGGGGGCUUGGGCUCACAGCGGAGACCCCCCGCCGGACCCGCUGGCGGACCCCGAGGAGGAGGACGACGAGGGCGGCUUCAGAGACGGCGGACCGGCGGCGGCCAGCAGCGGCAGCUCCAAAGAGGACGGACGGGGCGGAGUGCGCGGCUGCCCGCUGCAGCCGAGACUCUCCACCGCCGCCGCAGCCAAAGAGAAGGACAGGCUGCCGCCGCUGCCGGGCGGAGAAAAGGACAAAACCCCCGGAGUUCUCGGCUUGAAGAACCACGGGAACACCUGCUUCAUGAACGCCGUGGUCCAGUGCCUGAGCAACACCGACCUGCUGGCCGAGUACCUGGGUCUGGAGCGGUACAAGUCGGACCUGAGCCGCGGGAGAGGAGCGGUGAUAAGCGGGGAGGAGGACCCGCAGCAUGGAGCUGGAGGAACCGGGGCUGGAGCUGGAGAAGUUACCGAGCAGCUGGCCGCUCUAGUGAGGGCGCUGUGGACGCUGGAGUACACCCCUCAACUAUCCGUGGAGUUUAAGAUGAUCGUGUCCAAGUACGGAGCGCAGUUCAGAGGGAAUUCCCAGCAUGACGCUCUGGAGUUCCUGCUGUGGCUGCUGGACCGGAUACACGAGGACGUCAACUCAUCUUCCUCGUCUUCCUCGUCCACCUGUGGAAACAACAGGAGCAAGGGUCUGGCUGGAGGAGAAGAAACUACAGCGUCUGAGUAUCCAAACCAUGACCAGCCUGGAGUACGCCACAGCUUCGUACAGGAGCACUUCCAGGCCCAGUACAAGUCGUCUCUGACAUGCCCACAUUGCCUUAAGCAGAGUCACACCUUUGAUCCUUUCCUGUGUAUCUCUCUUCCCAUCCCUCUACGCCAAACCAGGCCGCUGUGUGUGACCCUGGUGUUCAGCAGUAAAGGGCAGCGGUAUCUGAGAGUGGGGCUGGCGGUUCCUUUGUUCGGUUCUCUGGUUUGUCUUCGCAGGAUGGUGGCAGACGAGGGCAAGAUUUCACCUGACCAGGUGAUUUUAACAGAAAUCUACACUACUGGUUUCCAGCGCUCAUUUUUUGAUGAGGAUGACUUGACCAGUAUCGCAGAGAGUGACAUAAUCUAUGCCUUCCAAGCCCCGCCCCUUUAUAUCAGGGGAGGGUCUACUCGAAUAUCAGGGUACCAUCACAGCCUCCCCUCCUCACCGUACUCCUCAUCAGGACCUGAGGCUCAGAGACUGGCUGCUUCAGGAGCUCUGUCCUCCGAGUUCCUCCAUCAGGGUCCAGGCACAGUGAAGAUCCUCCUGCUGGUGUGUAAUGCAGCCGGAGCAGGACAGCAGGCCGUCAGGUUUGGUCCUCCAUUCUUAAUGCGUGAGGACAGGUCAGUGUCGUGGGAUCAGCUACAGCAGAGCAUCCUCAGCAAGCUCUACUAUCUGAUGAUCAAUGGGGCACAGCCACAGAACAACAGAGUGCUGUUUAAGAUCCGUGUCGUUGGAGGGUCGUUUUCCUGCAGCUACCUGAGUCCUCAGGAUGGACGGCCGCUUUACCACCCUGCAGUAGACAGGGCCCUGAAGCUGUGUGGGUCAGGUGGGCCGCCUCAUGUAAAGCUGAUCGUUGAGUGGGAACACAGAAUAAAAGACUGUCUGUUUGGGAACAUUCAGGAGGAGGUGGUGAAGGAUUCAGAGAGUGUGCGCAAUCAGCAGCAGCAGCAUGUUCAACAGCACAGCUGCACGCUGGACGAGUGCUUCCAGCUCUACACGAAGGAGGAGCAGCUGGCUCCUGACGACGCGUGGAAAUGCCCGCACUGCAAGCAGCUCCAGCAGGGCACGGUCCAGAUGAGCCUGUGGACGCUCCCAGACAUCCUCAUCCUCCACCUGAAGCGAUUCCGGCAGGUGGGCGAACGGAGGAACAAGCUGUCCACGCUGGUCCGGUUCCCUCUGACGGCGCUGGAUAUGGCGCCUCACAUGGUGAAGAGAAGCAACUUCACCCGACUCCCUCCAGGGUGGAAACACCAGCCACAAAGACCCGAAACGGCCCAGCAGGCCCAGGACUUCCUGUACGAUCUGUACGCUGUGUGCAACCAUCACGGAGGCAUGCAUGGGGGACACUAUACAGCGUUCUGCAGGAACUCAGUAGACGGUCAGUGGUACGGAUAUGAUGACAGCAGUGUAGAGCCGGUGCCUGAGGGGGAGGUGUGCACCCGUGGGGCUUAUAUCCUCUUCUACCAGAGACGCAACAGCAUCCCUGCAUGGUCAGCCAGCUCCUUUCUUCCAGGUUCUACCAGACCCUGCACGUCUAAUCACUGGCUCAUCCGUCUGACAUCUCUGACAGCCAAGAAUCAUCCCUCCAGCCCAGCAACCAAGACCUCCAGCUGUUCCUCUGCACCUGAGCCUCAAACACCUACCAUUCCAGUCUUCCACGAGCAGUCUGGUAAAGGAGACAGUGAUGGAUUCGAUUCAAGAGCCUUCGUCCGCGGUACCCAGGGCCGCAGUGUGAGCAUGCGCUCACCAAGCAAGAACAAGGAAAGUUUAGGCAAGGCGCUUCCUCUACGCUGGUCUUUUGGAUCUAAAGACCACAAAAAACCUACUUCUGCCACCAAGGCUGUACCAACUCAGCCUGGAGAACUGGUGGAAUACCUGGAAUCUGGACGGAGACCACGGUGCACCAAGGAACCCAUUGUUGGAUUAGUGGCUAGCCCCGCUCAAGUGAAGGCCCAGUUCCAGGAGGGAGACUCGCUAAGCUCCCCUAGUGGCAGCAGUAGCUUUAGCGGAGUGGAACAGGGAAGCUCACCCAGAGUUCCUGAAGGCCAGAGCAGACCAGCUUCAGAACGAGGCUCUGUAGCUACUGCUGCUGCUUCUGCUGCUGGAACUGCUACAACUCUUGCUAAAGGAAGGGGGCUCGAUGAGGGCUCGGUUGCCAGACGGAGCUCCAAGCGAAGCAGGCAGGAACAGCAUGGCAAGAUGACUCAAGAUGGUCAGUCCAUCAUGGUUAGCAGUGCGCCAACUAGUAGAGACUCUACAUUGAAGAGACUGUGGAGUCAGCAAGCUGGUGCCAACAGAACUCCUCCUACUCAUACUCAUACUCAAACCCAACCAGAAAAAGAGGCGACUGAGAAAAUCCAAGAUGGCGUCCUGUCCUUUUUAAAGAUGGGCAGCCAAGCAAAGGCAAAGGAAGGACUUGGGAAUAAAGAAACUGGACAAGGAAGAACGCCAACGAAUAAGAACCCAACCAAGCUCUCGCUGUCCAAUGGAACUCUGAAUGGAGUGGUAUCAGAAGACAAGAAGUCCAACAGCGCCCAUCGUAGCAGCAACGGGCACCACAACAGCAAGGCGCUGGUCAUUGGACGGGAACACCACAACGGUUCCGCCAACGGAACUGAUAUUAAACGAGCUCACAGUUCUUCAAGCAUUCAGUCUAGACUGGACUUGAGCUUGAGGAGGACAGUGUCUCUCCAGAAGAACGGGCCGCUCAUGCCGGCCCAUAAAGCCCUCACUGCAGAAAAACCGUCCUUCGCCACCCUGCAGAGAGCCAGAUACAGCACCACCUCACUGGGCAGGCAAAGACCUGUGCCCGAGUCCUGCUUCUGAUGUCCAGGUGUUCUGUGUGUAUCUACAGUAUGGUACUCAUGUUUUUGUGGAACAUUUUUUUUGACAGUAUGUGCCUCCCGUUAUAUAACAAUAAUAUUAUUAUUAAUAAUAACCUCCAAGAUGUUUCCACUGAUAUCUGUUUCAUCAACUGUUUCAACCUGGAACAAAAAGAAAAUCUGGUAACACUUUAUAAUAACUUUCAUUAAUAUAUUUUAAUGGUAACACUUUGGUUUUAAGGAACACAAAUUAGGUGGUUAUUCAUUUCUUAAUUAUUUGCUUAAUUAAGCCUUAAUUAGACAUUUGUACAUGAUCUAUACACUACUUAUUAGGCUUCAUUCUGUGCUAUUGGUGUUAUUGGUGCUUAAUUAGGGGUCUGUUAUGUGGAAAUGAUUAAUAAUGGCUGUAUUAGUUCUCAUAGUGCACAAUAAACAGUUAUGUUAGCACCCUGUUAAGCAGAUUAUUAAGCAUGAACUGUUAGCUAAUUCUACAUGUUAUUAGUGUAGAAUUGGCAGCAGUUAGAUCUACGUGAUUUUGGCAAGGUUAUGGCUGUGCUGGAGUUUAGUUGACUAAAGUACCAUAUUCUAAAGUGAGGAUCUGUUCAUCACUAAUUAGACACUAAAAAUAACUAAAUAAACAUUUAAUCAAUAACAGACCCUUAAUUAAGCACCAAUAACACUUAAUA